AUGGGUAGGCACGAUAGUUCCUCUGAGGAAGAGGAGAGAUAUAGAAAGAGAGAUAGGAGAAGAAGACAGAAACACAAAGACAAACGCAGUAAAAAGGAUGUUUCAAAGCCCAACGUGCCAGAACUGAAUGAUAACAAUGGUAAGGCUUUGGGGAAAACAGGAGGAGUUUAUAUUCCACCGUUCAAGAAAGAACGUAUGAUCAUGAAGGAGGUUAAAGAUAAGAGCAGCGUAGAGUAUCAACGUCUUACAUGGGACGCUCUUCGUAAAAGUAUCAAUGGGCUUGUCAAUAAGGUUAAUGCAAGAAACAUCAAGAACAUAGUUCCUGAACUGUUUGCUGUAAAUCUCAUCAGAGGAAGAGGACUGUUCUGCCGUUCUUGUAUCAAGUCUCAAAUGGCAUCUCCUGAAUAUACUGAUGUCUUUGCAGCUUUAGUCGCUGUGGUUAACUCCAAGUUCCCUCAAGUUGGUCUACUUUUAUUGAAAAGGGUUGUUUUGCAGCUAAUGAAAGCGUAUACGCGUAACGACAAGCCUCAGGUUCUUGCUGCUGUUAAAUUUAUAGCACAUCUAGUAAACCAGCUAGUUGCUGAGGAGACCAUGGCACUUGAGUUAGUCACUCUACUUCUUGAAGACCCGACAGAUGAUAGUGUCGAACUAGCUGUUGUGUUGGUUAAAGAGUGUGGCGCAAGGCUUCAGGACUUUGCUCCAAAAGGACUGAAUGGGAUUUUUGAACGGUUUCGUAGUAUACUACAUGAUGGAGAGAUAGAUAAGAGUGUUCAGUACUUGAUCGAAGGGCUCUACUUUGCGAAAUUUCCGGGACAUCACGCUGUUCGUUCUGAGUUAGAUCUCGCCGAAGAAAAAUACUCGCAUUAUAUCUCUCUUGAAAAAGUAAUAGAUCCUGAAACCGUUCUUGAUGUUUUCAAACCUGAUCCUGACUUCCUCGAGAACGAAAAAAAAUACGUGGCAUUCAAGAAUGAGUUACUUGCUAAGGAAGAAAUUGGCUAUGAUGCUAGUUCAGAGGAAGAAGAUGAUGAGUUUGAUGAAAAUGAAUUGGGAGACGAGGCUGAGACUAAUCUUGUUAAUCUUAGGAGGAAAAUAUACCAGACCAUUAUGGCCAGCAUUGAUUUGGAGCAAGCAAGGCACAAGUUACUUAAACUUAAACUUGAACCAGGUCAAGAGAUGGAACUAUGUAUAAUACUUCUUGAAUGUUGCGGUCAGGAGAGAACUUAUCUGCGUUACUACAGUUCGUUGGGUCAGCUUAUCUGUAUGAUCAGCAAAAGUUAUCAAGAGAAUUUUGAGAAGUGUUUCGUUCAGCUGUAUUCGAUGAUCCAUUGUAUCGAGACUAAUGAUUUGCCUAACGUUGCUAAGUUUUUUGCUCAUUUACUUGCCACAGAAGCUAUCUCCUUGCGUGUGUUUUCCUACAUUAGGUUAACCAAGGAGGACACAACCUCUUCAUCUCGUAUCUUCUUGAAGUUCCUUUUUGGGGAAUUGUGGAAACAGUUGGGGAUUAGGUUGCUUAAUAAGAUGCUUCAGGUUUUAACAAUGCAAGACUCACUUGAAUCUAUCUUCCCUAGAGAUAAUCAAGAGAACAUGAGGUUGUUAAUCAGUUUCUUUACCUCCAUUGGUCUAAGUGGCAUCACUGAGCAUCUCAAAGAGUAUAUGAAGUACAUGCAACACCUCAUUAACAUGCAACAGCAGUCUGAUUCUGAGUCAGACGACUCAUCAUCUUCUGGUUCUGAGUCGGGCUCAUCUUCUUCUGGUUCUAAUUCUGACUCAUCUUCUUCUGAUUCUGAAUCUGAAAGCGACAGAGAGAAGAGGAAGCGAAGAAGAAGAGGUUGA